AAGAGCACAGGUCCAUGCUUGUCUCACCUGUUGCAUGGACACCUCAGGAUUUGUGUCAAGUUAACUGAGUCACUUUGCGGUUUGCCUUGGGUGUUUAUUUCUUUCUGCUUCUUCAGGGACAUAAAGUGAGCAUCAUCAGGCACUGAAAUGUCAUCUGCAGUGAGACAAGCAGUCUCAGAGCUCUGUGUUCCAGUCCCAUGGGGAGAGAUCAGAGGUAAAGUCUGGGGUCCUGAUCAUGGUCGCCCUGUGCUGUGCCUGCACGGCUGGGCUGAAUACUGUGGCACAUUCAACACCCUCAUCCCCCUUCUACCCAAAGAGUGCAGAUAUGUGGCGGUGGACCUGGCAGGCCACGGUCUGUCAUCACACCGUCCUCCUGGGGUUUUCUACUCAUUUUCUGCGUAUGUGGCAGAUGUACGCAGAGUCGUUGAUGGGCUGCGGUGGACUAACUUCUCCGUCAUAGGUCAUAGUAUGGGUGCUAAUGUUGCUGCAAUGUUCAGUGCUCUGUAUCCAGAGAUGGUGGAUGCUCUCGUGCUGCUGGACGCUUACGGAUUCUUACCUGCAGACCCGAAAGAAGUUUCCAAAGUGAUGAGGCAGGGGAUGGAUGAGAUGAUCCAGUUUGAAAAAAAGUCAGAAGAAAAGAAAAGAGUUUACACUUAUGAGAAGGCGGUUGAGAGGCUGUUGACUGCAAACCCGACUCUGUCUGAACAGUCUGUGCGCAUCCUGUUAGAGCGAGGUCUAGUUCAAGUCGAAGGAGCAGGAUUUGUGUUCUCCAGAGACCUGAGAGUUAAUUUUAAAAACAUAGUGCGGAUCACUUUGGAGCAGAGUCUGGAGAUGCAGCUGAGGAUUCAAGCGUCUGUCCUAGUUAUUCUAGCAGACAAAGGUUUUGAGGCAAAAAUUUCAGAAUCAAACCAUCAGAAACUUUUCUCCGCACUUCUACAGGGCUACCGUGACAGAAAUCACACGGUGGUGACAUUACCAGGCGAUCAUCACGUCCAUCUAAAUGAUCCUGAAGUCGUCGCUCCACUUGUUUCUGACUUCCUGCACGCCAAAGUGUUGUCGCAGCAGCCGCCAGCAUAGUGGACGGACACACAAGUGACAAACAGUACACGCACCCAUACACCCAUACACACACACACACACACACACACACACACUCUGACACAUUUUUAUUGUGAAAUUUCACACUCGAAGUCUCAGUACACUCUUCUCAUCUUGACUCAGAGAACACAUUACCAUAAUAUUGUGCCAUUUCUUUCCCCUCCAGAUACGUUACUGUUUGAACACCAUUGUAAAGUUCCUGCAGUGACUUGGAAUAAUUAUGUGUUAAUGUGUAAACCUCCACUGAACACAUUAUUACUGAAGCUGCUCAUUUACAUUUAGACCCAUGACUAGACAUUUACAGUCUUUACUCAAACAGACAGAAAGUACAAAAGUGCAGGUGUUUUUGUUGUUUUGUUUGUGUUUGUCAUCAUUUCACAAAGAUUGUUGUACACAUUUAAGAUAAUGUCAGAAUCAGAAAAAAUGAUUAACUGUCUCCAUCUUGAUAAAGGUUGGUGGACCGUGAAAGCAGCAGAGGUAGCAAUGGGAACAAGGACUUAUAUUAUAAUAAUAAUCAUAAUCAUAAUGUUAAUCUGUCCAAGGCAGCAAACCAAAAUCAACAAAUUAUAAAAUCUAUAAAAAAUAUAUUGAAUCACAUAGUGUAAUAAAAUGAAUAAGACCAAUACAAUUCAUACAAGAUAACAAAAAUAGACUUUAUUCUGCCAUUCCUGACAAAGUCUGAUACAAUGUUGUAUUUUAUCAACUAUAAAUCAAAUCAAACAACAGCCAAAGAUCUGAUGAGAAUCAGAGCUAGCUUUCAGGACAAGCCAAUUAUAAAAGCCCUAAACUGAAUGAAGUCCUGCCAGUUCAUAGAAUAUGUGAGUUCUUUAUGUAACUUAUACAACCAGGACGUCACAUGUCAUCAUUUCAGUUUGGAAAGAUAUCACAGCUCUUUAUUUGAAGCUGAUCUGUUUAACGCGGCUGCUUGUCACAAAUCCGCUGCCUGUGCAGAAUGAGCUAAAAAUGUCAGUCAUUAAAAAAGAUGACAACUUCUCAUUAUGUAGGCCGUCAUCUCUGUAUUCAGCUUUUGUCUUGGAAACAGCAAGACAAAAAAAAAAAAAAAGAAGAGAAAACUCAUGGGAGUGACUCCAUAAAACACCACAGCUGCCGUCAGACAGAGCAGAUAAGAGAGGAGUCACUCGCACAGAAAUGCCCCCCCACAUUCAUACACACACACAUCCACACAUACACCCCCCACCCCCACCCCCACCCCCCCUCUCUCUCGCAAUGUCACAAACGGUGUGAUGGCCUCUGUGUUAAAUGGAGUGGAACUGAUUUUACGCAGCGGGCAGCAAGGCGGCGAGCAUCCAGAGACAUCUGAAGCCACCCCCCCACCCCCCACCCCCCACCCCUCCCCACCUCCCUCCAGCCCACUACCCCAACAGUCAUCCCCCCCUCACCCCCCACCCCCCCUAAAAAAAUGAUUAUAGUUAUAUAAGUUUUCCCUCCCACUCCCUCCAUCCUCUCAGCCAUCAGCAGGGGUGUUGUCAUGGCAACCCCCACCCCUCCUUUGAACGUCAGAGAGCCAGGAGCUGGAGGAUGAAGCCGCAUGCAGCUUCUGUCUCUUGUGCCUCCCAGAGAGCACCUGUGAUUUUUGCCGUCUCACAUGCAACAGUGGGAGCUGCAGCACUGGAAAUAAUCUAAUGAUUGUUUUGACUCGCAGCUGCCGCACAUCACAUACCAUCAGACACACAGAGACCAACUGACUCAGCAGCGUCUGCA